AACCAAUGAUUAGUUUCGAUCUUUCUACAGCCGAGGAAAGUUAUUCGGUGUUGGUUAUAUCGUUGAGUUAUAAACGUUGUCCAAUUUUAUAGCGAUACUAACAAAAUGAGCUUCAAUCCGGAUGAACUGGAAGCGCCAAAGUGGGUUAAUUCGAAUUUUCUGAAAGAAGUUCUGGAGUACAAUGGGGAUCUGAAAAACGUGACGAUCAACGACUUCCAUAUCUCUCCAGCUUCAGCUCUUGGCGAUCACUUUGCCAGCAUCAUAUUCCGAGCAAAGAUCAAGUUUUCAACCCAAGAACACUCGAACAAAGAAUGUUCCAUAAUCAUUAAAACUUUACCAAUCGUCGAAGGAUUUAAAAAGGAAAUGUUGGAGAAAUGGGGCGAAGGCCUUUUUGCCACUGAAAUCUUUAUGUAUUCAAAAGUUUUGAGUGAAUGCUCCAAAAUUUUGAAAAAUGCAGGCUACAAUGACAUGUUAGCAGCAAAAAUGAUUUACCAGUCAAUGGAACCACACAAGGUUAUAGUUUUUCAAGACUUGAAGGAGCUCGGAUACUUCAUGCUCCCAAGACCAAUCCCGAACGAAAAUGAUGUUGAGGUACUUUUCUCCAAGCUGGGACAAUAUCAUGCGGCUACAUUCAAGCUAGCCGCAGGGGGUACCAAAGGUCUCAAUCAAAAAGGAGGUCUUUUCAACAUGAACAAAGAGGAUAUGUUAUCUAUGUUUGGAGAGCGAUUUUCGUUAUUUAAGGAAUUAGUGGAAGCAUUGCCCGGUUUUGAGAAAGCUUCAGAAAGACUGACCAAAAUAUCUUUUGAUAAAUUAGCACGAAAAUGCAAGCAGUUAGUCAACGCGCCUGGUUCUUAUGAAGUUCUCAAUCAUGGUGACUAUCACGUCAAAAAUAUGAUGUUUAAAGGCAAAAAUGGAGUUGACGUUUCAGAAGUUGUCCUGGUUGAUUUCCAAGUGUGGCACUGGGGUUCACCAGCCUAUGAUAUUGUCUAUGUAUCAGCUGGUAUCCCACCAAGCAUGCGACCGAAAGCUUGUAAGCAUUAUUUCGAUACAUUCGUCGAUGUCCUGAAGAAGUCUAACUUCGAGGGAUUGUUACCGACAUUCGAACAACUCCAGAAAGAUUUGAAGUCUUAUCGAAGUUUGGAUUUAUUUUUGCUGGCAACAUUCACACCAUUCCUUGGUGCAGAUAAAGAUCAAAAAAAGGACGACUUGGAGACUCUAUUUACCAGCCGAAACCUGUUAAGCGCAUUUUACAAUCAAGCUAAUUAUAUAUCGUAUGUGAAAGAGAUGCUACCAGUAAUGUUACAAGAAGGUGUUCUAGAUGAUCUUGUAAAUUUUGAUUAAAUGGUUCUGCUCUAUUAAUUGAA